AGAAAGGGAGAGGAAGAGAGAGGGAGGGAGGGAAAGGGAGAGAGCGUUUGGAGUUUGUGUUGCAGCAUUUUGAUCCACUCUCGUCGCCAUCAACAGCCAGGAAAAGGUGCUCAUUGCACUGUGAGAACGAGAGUUUGGGGUUUAUAAAGAAGGAGGUUGAGCUGCGUAUUGCUUCACACCGCCACACUGACAAAGAAGAAAGGUAGCUCGAUCUUCACCAACGACACCCUUUUCUUUUUCCUGUUCUCGGGGUCACUUCUUCGGCCAUCUUCAAGCGAUCUUGGUACUGUCAACUGCUAGGGCUGAGAUUCAGAUGAGAAGAAUAUAGCUAUCGUCUGCAGCAAUGUAUGGGGAUUGCCAAGUUUUGUCUUCAAUGGGUGGAACUGGAGCUGGGGAGCCUCUAUUUUCUAUGCCUACUACAAUGUUUGGAAGUGCCAAUCUAAACUUCCUUGCAAAUAUGCCUUUCCAACCUCAAGCCAUGUUCUCUACUCUCCUUCCGAAGGAAGAGAUGGCUGGUUCCUUGAAAAGCAAGGAGGAAGAGAUGGAGAGCAGGUCUGGUGGGAGUGGCAAUAUGGAUGGCAGUUGUGGGGAGGACCAAGAAGGAGACCAUCAGCCCAAAAAGAAGCGUUAUCACAGGCACACAUCUAAGCAAAUCCAAGAGAUGGAAUCCCUCUUUAAGGAGUGCCCACACCCUGAUGAGAAGCAACGUCUGAGGCUCAGCCAAGAACUUGGUCUGAAACCUCGUCAAGUAAAAUUUUGGUUUCAGAAUCGCCGUACUCAGAUGAAGGCACAACAAGAUCGUUCCGAUAACGUGAUUCUGAGGGCAGAGAACGAAAGCCUCAAGAGUGAGAACUUCAGACUCCAGGCAGCCAUAAGAAACAUCACCUGCCCUAACUGUGGAAGCCCAGCCAUUCUUGGGGAGAUGUCGUACGAUGAGCAGCACCUUCGUUUGGAAAAUGCACGUCUUAGGGAAGAGCUCGAUCGGGUCUGCAGCAUGGCAUCGAGGUACAACAGUCGGCCAUUGCAGGUCAUGGGGCCGGCGCAGCCGCAACUUCAGCCAUCAUUGGACUUAGACAUUGGUGUUUAUUCAAGAAAUUUCCACGAAUCAAUGCCCUCUUUGUCAACGGACAUGAUGUCAUCGGUUUCGAUCCCAGAAAGCCCGGUCGUGGGCCUGCUCGAAUCAGAGAAGCCAUUGGCACUCGACCUCGCGGUUACUGCCAUAGAGCAGCUGUCAAGGAUGUCUCAGGAUGGGGAGGCUCUGUGGAUAAAGAUGAGUGAAGGAGGAAGGGAGGUACUGAACUUGGAAGAGUACUCGAGGGCCUUCCCUUGGCCUGUUACUCACAGGCAGCAAGUUGGGGACGUGAGGGUUGAAGCCUCAAGGGAGAUUGCGCUUGUUAUCAUGAAUGCUGCCAAUCUUGUGGGAGUUUUUCUAGAUGCAAACAAGUGGAUGGAGAUGUUUCCUUCCAUGCUGGGGCGUGCGAGGACUGUUCAAGUCAUUACACCAUCUGUAGGGAACCAUGCCAGCAGCGGCUCUCUUCAACUGAUGCAUGCAGAGUUUCAAUUCCCUUCUCCGCUGGUGCCAACCAGGGAAUGCUACUUCCUCCGCUUCUGCCAGCAGAGCCCGGACGGAAUAUGGCUGGUCGUGGACUUCCCGGUCGAUGGCUUCAAUGACAGCGUUCAGAUGUCCUUCGCCCCUGUCUACAGGAGACGACCUUCCGGCCUCCUCAUCCAAGACGUCCCCAACGGCUACUCCAAGGUGACAUGGGUGGAGCACGUAGAGGUUGAAGACAGGGCAGUGCACCAGACCUUCAGUCAGCUGGUUCUCAGUGGAAGUGCAUUUGGAGCACACCGAUGGAUUGCCAAUUUGCAGCGCCAGUGUGAUCGAGUCGCCAGCCUCAUGUCAUCCAACACAAUGGAGCGUGACAUAGGAGUGGCAAACUCAGUGGAGGCAAGAAGGAGCAUCAUGCAUUUAGCGGGAAGGAUGGUGAGACUGUUCAGCAUUAGCAUAAGCUCGGCAGGCGGCCAGGCAUGGACAGCCCUUGGCAGCGCUGUGGACGACAGUGUUCGGAUCACAACCCGGAAGAGCACCGGGCCGGGACAACCUCAUGGUGUCAUCCUCUGUGGUGUCUCUUCCACUUGGCUCCCUUUCUCCCACCUCCAAGUGUUCGAACUCCUCCGGUGCGAGAAAAGGCGGUCGCAGCUGGAUGUGUUCUCAGGUGGCAAUACAUUCCAAGAGGUGGCUCAUAUUGCUAAUGGUUCACAUCCCGGCAACUGCGUCGCUCUUCUUCGUGUAAACGCUGCGACCAAUUCAGGGAGCCCGAGUGCUGAGCUCAUGGUGCAGGAGAGCUUCACUGAUGCAUCUGGGAGCAUGGUUGUCUAUGCACCUAUUGAUGUCGCUGGUGUCAACAUAGCAAUGAGCGCUGAAGACACAUCCUGCAUUCCUCUGCUCCCAUCCGGAUUUGUCAUAGUCCCCGGCGGCGAUGACAACUCCGGCAGCUGCAACAUCAACACGGACAAUCUGGGUGCCAGCAGUCCUGCCAUCAAUGGCGGCUGCAUCUUGACCGUGGCAUUCCAAGUGUUAGCAAGUGCAGUUCCAGCAUCCAAGAUCAGCAUGUCUACAGUCACUACCAUCAACAACCACAUCUGCAAUGCCGUUCGCCAAAUCCAUGCUGCAUUGGCUACAUGCUCCUCAGAGCCAGCUCCUUCUAGUCACUAAUUAACUACUAGGCCUAAGGCUUUUACCAGUAAAAGAACAUGGACCAACUAAAAUUUUAAGGUACCUUGAUCCAUGUAGCAUAUUAGAGAACCUGUUGCUUACUACAUUAGGAUUUAAUUAAAUGCAAUUUGAUAUGGUAUGGUGACCUUGUACCCAUUUGGGACAUUGAAGACCUCUGGCCUUAGGUUGCAUCCAGGAAGGAUUGAAAUGACUAAGGUACCCUUUGCUGCGGCAAAGGGUAGUUUUGUCAUUUUGAGAAGCAGGGUUUAGUCCUAAUAGUGAUUAGAAGAAGUAAAACUAGUCUAUCAUAGGGAUGGCCAUAGUGGAUAUGAUGAGAAUAAGAGAAGGGACUGAGAACUAAUGAAGUAAGAUUUAGAGCAGGUAAUAGUUAGAUAUUUCCUGUGGGGUAGGAUGAGGAAGUCAAGAGCGCACCAGAUGUUCGACCCUUGCUGUAUGGUUUGGCUGCAGCAGAAGAAGCAAGUGCACAGGGAGAGAUAAAAAGAGUGGGGCUGGCCUCACCAUGCAGCAAGGGUGAUGGUUCGGGAAUUGACUUCCUGCUUUUCUUGUUUUUCUUUUCUGAAUUGCUGUAAUGCUGUUGUUGUUCUUGUUGUUGGUUCUGUUGCUGCAAUGAUAUUUGAAGAACUCAAUGAGUUGUUGUUUAAACA